AUGGCCGGUAAGGGUAUUACUUCAUGGGAAGGUAACCAAGGUUACACUCAAUGGUACGCUUCUUACCUCCUCGAUCAAUAUGACAAGUUUCAAAAUAGUUCGGUCUUCUUGACUGAUUCCAUUCGACAGCAAUACGGUAGGGGGCAUAUAGUAUGCCACCCGUUUCCCGUGCCGCGUUUGAAAGCCCGUCGGGCAACAGCGAAUCACUGCGCAGGUCGUCCAGAACACCACAACUUCGGCAACGCGCAGAGCUCUGUUGGACUGAACGGCUCUGGUGCAGUGGUAGUUGCUAUUCUUUCUAGGGCUUGUGUUUCCAAGGGGAGACUGACCGCAGUUCGGCUGUUCCGCAACCACUAUGGGCGUUUUGCUAGUCUGGCUUUGGUGAUAAUGGGCCAGAGAUCAAUUUGGACCGCUCAGAUAGACGUGCUCAACAGCAAAGAACACAACACGGCAAAGGAAUUUAGGGAUGCUCGGGCCGAGCAGUGUCGGAUGAUGAUCGCACUCUCUCACCCCGCGGCGAGGUGCCUGCUUCUUGCUGGCUUGGUGCUCGCCAUGUGUGCGGUAUGGGUUGCUUGGGAGCACUCCAACAACCUCCUCAGCCGUCGCUACGAAGAUAUCAAGACGUGGAUGAGCGGUGGAGAAUCUCGGUUCCAUCCGUCCCUCAAAGACUUCGGCAAGCGCAGACCUAAAUUGUCAUCAGCUAGAACGACUCUGUUGGUGUCGAUACCGACCAUCAUGUUUCAAUUCGCCUUUGAUUGCCUUAUGGCGGGGUGUGCGGUGCACCUAUUCACCGUCAAAGGUGUAACCCCGAGCACCCCCUGGCGUCGAGCGCCGAUGUCCCUUCCACCUAUACCUUCGUCAUCGUUGCGGGUGCGGAGAGAUUCUCCGCGCAAAUUUUCCAUUUCCUUCUGGGUACGAAGGGCGUUGAGUCUCCCUGGGAGUUUCGCAAAGGUCUUUCAAACCAGCGCGGGGCCUCUGGCAGCCAGCGCGGGGCCUCCAGUAACCAGUCCAGGGCUUCUGACAACCAGCCUGGGGCCUCUAACAGCCAGCCCCGGGCCUCUGGCAGCCAGUCUGGAGCCUCUGAUGAGUGGCGUGGGGGCACGCAUCACCCAUUGAAGGGC